GCACCGGCAUCCACACGCACACACACACUCAUCCACACACACACACACACACACACACACACACACACAUCCACAGAGGGAGAGACGUAGAGGGAGAGAGAAAGGGAUGUUAUGUGGCAGCCUGUUACAGAAAUGAUCAAUCCCUGAACGCGGCGGGCGGGUCACUUGAUCCGGUCUCCUUCUCAGCGACUGACGGGGAGAUGCUCACUGCUGUCCAGAUGUGCGUCGCGUCAGUGUAGAAUAAAUUAACUCGCAGUUCUUCUCGCUGUAGCUUCUUUGGUGUCCACACACAUUUACAGACUGACUGGCUGACUGGCUGGCUGGCUGAGACGCGGGACGUUUCCUCCCUACAAUCCCUGCGAAAUAACCCGCUCUGCGCUCCUCAUGAAUGAGUCUCCUGCUAUUUCAAGAAUGAUGUGAACAUCCAUUAAGAAGGACGAGACACACUUCAGCUCAUCGGUUUCAACCCUGCUCCUUGCUGACACACAAUCAUAUUUGUCUGUGUUUGGUGAUUUUUUGAGCCCUGUGGGAAUGGGAACGUGCUCGGAUAAAGGAUGGACUAACUGCGGCCUCCCUAAAGGUCAUGGUCCUCUAAAGGUCAUGUCAUGGCCUCUGGCACUGUGGCUAUUGACUCUAAUCUCUGUGAACCAAAGGACAACUCUUGGACAGACUCUGAACAUCUUCCAAUCAGAGAGGAGGGAGUGGUCGCUGAACCACCUGACUGUGCAUCAGUCUACUGGAGCUCUGUACAUCGGAGCCGUCAACCGAAUCUACAAGUUGUCGGCUAAUCUCACCCUCCUGGUGUCUCACGAUACGGGACCAGAGUAUGACAACAAAGCAUGUUAUCCCCCACUGAUUGUCCAGCCCUGCUCUGAGACUUUGGCCUCAACUGACAAUGUUAACAAACUGUUGCUCAUCGACUACUCUCACAACCGGCUGUUGGCCUGUGGUAGUCUCUACCAGGGCGUCUGCAAGCUGAUGAGGCUGGACGACCUGUUCAUCCUUGUGGAGCCCACCCAUAAGAAAGAACACUACCUGUCCAGUGACAACCAGACGGGGACGAUGUAUGGCGUUGUUGUGCCCUCUCAGGGUCAGGAUGCCACUCUGUACAUCGGCACUGCUGUUGGUGGCAAGCAGGACUACUUUCCAACUAUCUCAAGCCGCAAGCUGCCUCGAGAUCCAGAAUCCUCUGCCAUGCUGGACUAUGAGCUUCACACCGACUUUGUUUCAUCUCUCAUCAAAAUCCCCUCAGACACACUGGCUCUCGUCCCACACUUUGACAUCUACUACAUAUACGGCUUUGCUAGCGGCAGCUUUGUCUACUUCAUGACUGUCCAGCCAGAGACUCCAGAGAAUGGGAUGCCUGCAGGCGGCUCCCCUGGCGACCUGUUUUACACAUCUCGCAUCAUCCGCCUCUGCAAAGGUGACAAGAAGUUCCACUCAUAUGUGUCGCUUCCUGUGGGGUGCAUACACAGAGGCGAGGAGUACCGUCUGCUGCAGGCGGCUUACCUGUCCAAGGCCGGCAGGGUUCUGGCAAAGUCGCUCAACAUCAGCUCUCAGGAGGACGUGCUCUUUGCUGUGUUCUCCAAGGGACAGAAGCAGUACCACGACCCUCCAGAUCACUCUGCUCUCUGCAUCUUCACCAUCCAAGACAUCAACAUGCGCAUUAAAGAGCGGCUGCAGUCCUGCUAUCAGGGGGAGGGAAAUCUGGAGCUGCACUGGCUGCUGGGAAAGGACGUGCAAUGCACCAAAGCGCCUGUUCCCAUCGAUGAUCAUUUCUGUGGCCUGGAUAUAAACCAGCCCCUGGGGGGGUCCCAGCUGGUGUCGGGUCGGACAGUGUUCACAGAAACCAGGGACAGGCUGACCUCUGUUACCUCCUACGUCUACAACGGACACAGUGUGGUCUUCCUGGGUACCAGAAGUGGACGGCUGAAGAAGAUCAGAGUGGACGGUCCUCUGGAGGGAGGAGUGCUAUAUGAGACAGUGACCGUGAUGAAGGAUAGCAGCCCCAUCCUCAGGGACAUGGCCUUCUCCCUGGACAGGAACUCUCUCUAUGUCAUGUCUGGCAAUCAGGUGGCCCAGGUCCCUGUGGAAGCCUGUGAGCAGUACGGUUCAUGUGCCGAGUGUCUGAGCUCUGGUGACCCCCACUGUGGCUGGUGUGUCCUGUACAACAUGUGCUCGAGGAGGGAUCGGUGUCAGAGGGCGGACGAGACCUUCCGUUUUGCAACUGACAUUGACCGUUGUGUGAAGGUUAUCGCUCACCCAGACAGCAUCGCUGUAUCAGCACACAGCGUCCCGCUUCUGCUGGAGGUGAAUAAUGUUCCAGACCUUUCUGCUGGAAUUACCUGCUCAUUUGGCCAGCAGGCCCAGGUGGAGGGUCACGUCAAUGGGAACAGGGUUAUGUGUCUUUCACCGGCUGGGAAGGAGGUACCUCAGAUACCGGAGGGACAAGACUGGGCUGGCGUAGAGCUUCGUCUGAAUUCAAAGGAGACGGGUCAGAUGGUCGCUAGCACGGAGGUGAAGUUCUACAACUGCAGUACCCAUCAAAUGUGUCUUUCCUGUGUAAACAGCACAUUUCGCUGCCAUUGGUGUAAAUACCGCAACCUGUGCACUCACGACCCAAGCAGCUGUUCCUUCCAGGAGGGAAGAGUCAACGCCUCAGAGGACUGCCCUCAGCUCCUUAACUCCGGAAUUCUCAUCCCUGCCGGCGAGGUCCGACCCAUUACCCUGAGCCGAAAUCUCCCCCAGCCGCAGUCGGGCCAGCGGGGUUAUGAGUGCGUGGUGAAUGUGCAGGGUGUCAGCCACCGUGUCACGGCGCUGCGCUUCAACAGCACCAGCGUGCAGUGCCAGAACAGCUCGUACAUGUACGAGGGUGCGAAGAUCAGUGACCUGGCGGUGGACCUCUCCAUCGUAUGGAACGGCAAUUUCAUCAUCGACAAUCCCGAGAAGAUUAAAGUGCACCUGUAUAAGUGCAGCGCCCAGCGGGACAGUUGUGGCAUGUGUCUGCGGGCGGAGAGGAAGUUCCAGUGUGGCUGGUGCAGCGGCGAGGGCCGAUGCACCAUGAAGCAGCACUGUCCUCCCAUCUCCCCUUACGCCAGCCGCUGGUUGGACCUCUCUGCUCGGAAUGUGAAGUGUACCAAUCCACGCAUUACUGAGGUGAGCCCAGUGGCAGGGCCUCUGGAGGGGGGCACACUGGUCACCAUCCAGGGCCUGAACCUGGGUCUGUCCUUUUCUGAGCUGGAGGGUAAUGUGGAGGUGGCAGGAGUGCAGUGCACCCCACAAGAAGAAGGAUACAUCACUGCAGAACAGAUUGUGUGUGAAAUGGCUGCAGCUCCUCAAGGCAGUGCACCAGGUCCAAUAAAGCUGUGUGUUGGUGAAUGCAGACCAGAGCUACGCGCUCAGUCCUCCCAGCUCUACUCCUUUGUGAUUCCUACAAUGUUAGCUCUGACCCCAGGCAGAGGACCUGAGUCUGGGGGCACCAAGGUCACCAUUGUCGGGGAGAAUCUGGGUGCUGGCAGCACUGUGAAUGUGUAUUUUGGUAAUCAGACCUGUGAGCUGUUCAGGAGGACCAUGUCGGAGAUCGUGUGCUUUUCUGCUCCGUCAGUGACGGGAGCGGGACCAGUGCAAGUCAGUUUGAGUGUUGACCGGGCCAAAGUUCCUGGAAGUCUGGCCUUUGAGUACAUAGAAGACCCCACAGUCCAGCGUAUUGAACCUUUAUGGAGCAUUACUAGUGGACACACCACCCUGACUGUGACUGGGACCAACCUAGAUGUAGUUCAGGAACCACGGGUCAGAGUCAAAUAUGCUGGCCAUGAAUCUGUCAAUGUGUGCAAAGUCCUGAACACCACCACCAUCAGCUGCUUCGCCCCCUCUCUGAAGGCAGAGUACACCACAGAUCAGGAGACCAUAAAACACGUGGACGAGUUUGGCUUUGUCUUCAACAACGUCCAAGCUCUGCUCACUUAUAACAACACAAGCUUCAUCUACUAUCCUAACCCCUACCUGGAACCCAUCAGCCUCUCAGGUGUACUGGAGCAGAAACCUGGAUCUCCCAUCAUACUCAAAGGCCGUAACCUGGUGCCAUCUGCAUCUGGUGGAGCCAGGCUCAAUUACACGGUGCUGAUUGGAGAUACGCCCUGUUCUCUCACUGUGUCUGACACUCAGUUACUCUGUGAGCCACCAAACCUCACUGGGCAGCAUAAAGUCCUGGUCCAAGUUGGAGGACUCCACAUCUCUCCGGGAGAAGUUCACAUCAGGUCCGACAGCCUGCUCACUCUUCCUGCUAUCUUCAGUAUCACAGCUGGCGGAGGGCUGCUCCUCAUCAUCGUCGUCAUAGUUCUACUCGCCUACAGACGGAAGUCACACGAGAACGACCUCACUCUGAAGCGCUUGCAGAUGCAGAUGGACAAUCUGGAGUCCAGAGUGGCUCUGGAGUGUAAGGAGGCCUUCGCAGAACUACAGACGGACAUCAACGAGUUAACCAGCGACCUGGACAGAGCCGGCAUCCCCUUCUUGGACUAUCGCACUUACGCCAUGAGGGUCCUCUUCCCCGGCAUCGAUGAUCACCCUGUGCUCCGAGAGCUGGAGGUGCCGGGCAGCGGACAGGCGAAUGUGGAGAAAGCCUUGAAGCAGUUUGCUCAGCUGGUGAAUAAUAAGGUUUUCCUGCUGACAUUCAUCCGAACACUGGAGCUGCAGCGCUCCUUCUCCAUGCGUGACCGCGGCUACGUUGCCUCACUCAUCAUGACCGCUCUGCAAGGACGGCUGGAAUACGCCACGGACAUCCUCAAACACUUGCUCUCAGACCUUAUAGAGCGCAACCUGGAGAGCAAGAACCACCCGAAACUACUGCUGCGGAGAACAGAGUCAGUGGCAGAGAAGAUGCUGACAAAUUGGUUUGCCUUCUUGCUCCACAAAUUUCUCAAGGAGUGUGCUGGCGAGCCUCUCUUCAUGCUGUUCUGUGCCAUCAAACAGCAAAUGGAGAAAGGACCCAUAGACUCCAUCACAGGAGAGGCGCGCUAUUCCCUCAGUGAAGACAAACUCAUCCGCCAGCAGAUUGAAUACAAGACGCUGACACUGAGCUGUGUGAACCCCGACAACGAGAACAGCCCAGAAAUCCCUGUUAAGGUGCUCAACUGUGACACCAUUACCCAGGUAAAGGAGAAGAUCCUAGAUGCAGUGUACAAGAACAUGCCGUACUCACAGCGACCGCGAGCUACAGACAUGGAUCUAGAGUGGCGGCAGGGCAGAACGGCUCGUGUGGUCCUGCAGGACGAGGACAUCACAACCAAGAUAGAGAGUGACUGGAAGAGGCUCAACACACUCAUGCACUACCAGGUGUCUGAGCGCUGUGUGGUGGCCUUGGUGCCCAAACAGAUGUCUUCUUUCAACAUUCCUUCCUCAGCCAGCUUCCCACGCAGUAUCAGCAGAUACGGUGUGGAUGUACCAUUCCGCUCCACCCCCACCAGCCCUGACAGCCCCCACUCCCGUGUGCCCAUGCUGACCCCUGAUCUGGAAAGCGGGGUCAAAGUUUGGCACUUAGUCAAGAACCAUGACCACGGAGACCAGAAAGAGGGAGAACGUGGCAGCAAGAUGGUGUCUGAGAUCUAUCUGACGAGGCUACUUGCAACAAAGGGAACACUGCAGAAGUUUGUGGACGACCUGUUUGAGACCCUGUUCAGCACUGUGUGCCGGGGCACUGCCCUGCCUCUCGCUAUUAAAUACAUGUUUGACUUCCUGGAUGAACAAGCCGACAGACAUGGCAUCCAUGACAUGGAUGUCCGCCACACAUGGAAAAGCAACUGCCUUCCCCUGCGCUUCUGGGUAAAUGUGAUCAAGAACCCCCAGUUUGUGUUUGACAUCCAUAAAAGCAGCAUCACGGAUGCCUGUCUGUCUGUGGUGGCUCAAACCUUUAUGGACUCUUGCUCGACAUCUGAACACCGUCUGGGCAAGGACUCCCCCUCCACCAAGCUACUCUAUGCCAAGGACAUACCGCAUUACAAAAGCUGGGUGGAAAGGUACUAUGCUGACAUCAACCGCCUGCCUGCCAUCAGUGAUCAGGAUAUGAAUGCCUAUCUGGCUGAACAGGCUCGCCUUCACUCCAGUGAGUUCAACGUGCUCAGUGCCCUCCAUGAGAUCUACGCUUACGUCAGCAAGUACAGCCAAGAGGUCAUUGAGGCACUGGAGCAGGAUGAACAGGCCCAGAAGCAGAAGUUAGCGUAUAAAGUGGAGCAGAUCACCUCAGCCAUGUCGACAGAGAGCUGAGACACACAAACACCAAAAUACAUACGCAUAAAUACGUUCAGUAUACACACAAUACACACAGACACAAAACCAUGCGGAAACAGAGGAAUUAUAAACAUGAAACAUACGUUGCAUUCAAAUGUGAACACCAUCCACACAUAUUAUGUGCAUGUAUGGAAACAUACAAUCACACACGAACACUGACAUACACGGAGAGACUGCAGAUUUAAUGGACCUACUGUAUAAACAAACUGACAAUACAUACACAUGCAUAAAUACACACAACCAAAUGUACAUACACGAACCACAGCACACAUCAAACAGCAGAACGUCCCAAAGCAAGACUUUUGAAUCCAAUGUCAUCGUUUUUUUCAGAAGAAACUCCAACAAACGAUCCAACUUCUAAAACACUCCUAUAGAGAGGGAGAGAAAGAGGAUUUAGGCCAUCACGGUUGCUGAAUUUGCCGCCAAUUCUUUUCCACUGGGUAAAGGUUUGUCUUUGUAGUUGGUGCUUAUACUAAGUGUGUGUGUGGCAUGGCUGCAGCUCUGAGGAGAACAGCAUUUAAUAAAGAAUGACUCGACUUGAAAAGUCACUGGAGGAACUCAACGGAGACAGGAGCCAAUUUAUUGGGACGGCACAUGUGGUGAGACAAGAUUUAAAGUACUUUUUCUACGUCAAAGAUGAAGGACAUUUACUCACACUACAUAUCAUGGGUUUGGAGUGACAUCGCCAUUUGUAGCCAUUCGGAGUGAAGAUGCGUAACUUUCUGUUGCUGAGCCUCUCUAUUGCCUUUUUAAAGGCUGAAGAACAAGAAUACUAAAGAUUCUGGCAGCAUUACUUUUCAUUUUCCCGUUUACAGCCUCCCAUCACAAGUUAUUUUUUGUUUAAUGAAGAUUGUCUGAACUCUUUGGGUGUGAGAGCAGUAUACACCAAAUAUGUCACUGACAAGGUGAGGGUCUGGCUGUUUAAUAAUCCAACACAGAGACAUCAUUACCUUCCAAUUUGAAAUAUAGGUAGAGAUAUUUCCAGCCCCAAUCCUUGGCUUUUUGUGCCAAAUAUAAUAUAUCUCAUGUUUCAUUCAUGUUAAAUGCUCCUGUAGAAGCUAUUAAUAAUACAUGCCAUUAUACGGAAAAGAUCCCAUUUGAGAUAGGGAAUUUUUUUCACAGUGAUGAUCUAUAGACCACUAAUUCAGCCAUUCAAAGAUAAGUGGAGACCAAAUUGAACUGUAGCAGAAAGCAUGAUUAAUGAUGCUGUAAGCGUGAUUGUGGAUCAGAUUAGCCUCCCCCUGGCCAACAGCACUGCUCCCCCACCCUCCCCCUCUCAUCAGUCAUUGUUUACAUUGAGCAUAAUACUUGAAAUGCACUCAGUGUACAAGAUACUAGGAACACCUGCAGCUCCCGUGAAGUCAUCUGGUCAGAUUAAGUUGGAUGAAGGUCUUGAUGUCUCACUGAUUCUCCCAAUGAAUCCAGUUUGAACUUAACCUAGAAAUUAGAUGAGACCUGGAGCUGUGAAAUGGUCUCAGCAUGAAGCAGGUGUUCCUUGUAUUUAGUAAACGGAGUGGAUAUAUGAUUAAUGAUAUAUGUGUCUGGAUCAGCGGUUGGUCCUUGUAAAGUCUGUUUGUUGCUUCGCAGCGCUAGUGUUGCUUUACAUCCUCACUGUUUUUGUGUUUCAACGUAUAAUUCACAGGUUUUUUUUUUAUUUUGCAUUCUAAUGUACAUUUGACCUGGCUGCUUGUUGUCUCCUUGCUGCUGUAGUUAUAGUGCCAUAUCUGAACUUUAAAAAAAUAUUAUCAUGAUAAAAAAGAAAAUCGGUCUGGGCAUCACACUAAUUCAGGGUUUUAGUUUUGAUUGAUUGUUUCACCCAUUGCAAUGAUGAAAGAUGAAUGCCUUUCUCUGCCUGAGGCUGUUUCAUCACUCCAUAUAAAGUCAGUGCGACUAUCAAUGUCUCUCUGGAGCGCUGCUCUUUUACCAUUUCAGUAUCAAUAGAGUUAAUAUGCUCCUCGCAGGACCUUGACUCAUGUUAAUCUAGAAGAACAAGAUAAAAUAUGAUAAAUAAUAAACACAAUUCCUGUUAAAUGUUGAAAUGUGACAGAAUUCAUCUGUUUGAUGUGUGGUUUGAUGACGAUAAUUUAUAAAUGUGUUGUGCAAUAAACUGUCAGAUGUUUAAACUGUAAUGUUUUUUAAACUAUAUAUUACUGUAUAAAUACUGUACAUAAAAAACACUCCUAUUUUGCAAGCUAAAGAUUCACUUUGUACUGUUGUUAUACAUUAAAUGCGCAGCUGAUAAAAAUGA